CUUCCUCCUCUUUCCUCUCCCUGCUUAUCUGCACCUAACUGCAGACACAAAGCAGGAGAGUAUCCCCCAAAACCUACUUAUACAAAACAAACAAAGCCACCACCAAAUAUUAUCAUGCCUGCACUUGUUCUAACUGAUGAUACAAUGGCUUCCCCACUAUCCAAAGACCUCAAGAAGAAACUAAAAAAGACCCCCACAGACACCCCUGAUCUUGAAACUAAGAAAACCAAAGAAAAAAAGCCUAAAAAAAUCAAGAUUGAUUCUGGGUCUGAUUCAGAUGAGGUAAAAAAGAGCAAAAAGAAAGACAAAAAGAGAAAAACAGCUUUGGACUUGAAUGGUGAUAAUGAUGACAAGACUAGUGAAACCAGCUCAGAGAUAUGUGAGCCAAUAGAAUUAAAGAAGAAGAAUAAAAAGGCUAAACUGGAUGAAGAAGUGGUUGUUGUUGAAGAGGAGAAGAAAGUGGUGGAGGAUCCUAAUGCUUUGUCUAAUUUUAGGAUUUCUAAGCCAUUAAGAGAGGCUUUGAAUGCUAAAGGAAUACAUGCACUUUUCCCUAUUCAGGCUAUGACUUUUAAUGAUAUUCUUGAUGGCGCUGAUUUGGUUGGUCGUGCUCGUACUGGUCAGGGUAAAACGCUGGCCUUUGUUUUGCCCAUAUUGGAGUCCCUAACAAAUGGUCCUACUAAAGCAUUGCGAAAAACAGGAUAUGGGAAGGCUCCUAGUGUUCUGGUGCUUUUACCAACUAGGGAAUUGGCACUUCAGGUGUUCGCUGACUUUGAAGUUUAUGGCCGGUCUCUCGGGCUCACUUCAUGCUGUUUGUAUGGAAAUUCUCCCAUGGGAGCACAAACGGCUCAACUAAAAAGAGGAGUUGAUAUUGUAGUGGGUACUCCUGGAAGAGUUAAGGACCACAUUGAAAGGGGAAAUAUUGAUUUCAGUUCUUUAAAGUUCCGUGUUCUUGAUGAAGUCGAUGAAAUGUUAAAAAUUGGUUUUGUAGAUGAUGUCGAACUUAUUUUAGGCAAGGUCGAAGAUGCAAGCCUAGUUCAAACAGUUCUUUUCAGUGCCACUUUGCCAGUCUGGGUGAAGCAUAUUGCUUCUAAGUUUCUGAAACCUGAGAAGAAAACAGUUGACCUUGUUGGUAAUGAGAAAAUGAAGGCCAGUAACAGUGUGAGGCAUAUUGUUAUUCCAUGCUCUAGUUCUGCACGACCUCAGCUGAUUCCUGAUGUCAUUCGGUGCUACAGCAGUGGCGGCCGCACUAUUAUUUUUACUGAGACAAGAGCGCUAGCUUCAGAGCUUGCUGGCAUAUUGCCUGGGGCAAGUGCUUUGCAUGGGGAGAUACAACAGAACCAGCGUGAGGCUACACUUAAAGGAUUCAGAUCAGGCAAAUUCAUGACAUUAGUGGCCACAAAUGUGGCAGCCCGUGGAUUGGAUAUUGACGAUGUCCAGUUAAUAAUCCAGUGCGAAGCCACUAGUGAUGUUGAAGCAUACAUUCAUCGAUCUGGAAGGACAGGACGGGCAGGAAAGACUGGUGUUGCUGUAAUGCUGUAUGAUCCAAGGAAGUCCAACAUUUCUAGAAUUGAAAGAGAAUCUGGUGUCAAGUUUGAGCAUUUAUCUGCUCCUCAGCCAGCUGAUGUUGCUAAAGCGGCUGGCAAAGAAGCUGCUGAUAUAAUUGCUGACAUUUCUGAUAGUGUGAUACCCGCAUUUAAGGCUGCCGCAGAGGAGCUUCUGAAUACCUCUGACCUAUCACCAGCAGAAUUGCUUGCGAAAGCUCUUGCCAAGGCUGCUGGCUAUUCUGAGAUCAAGACUCGGUCAAUUCUUACUUCUAUGGAGAACUGUGUUACUCUGCUACUUGAGUGUGGGAGACCCAUCUUCUCACCUUCCUUUGUCUAUAGUGUCUUGAGGAGGUUCCUGCCUGAGGAGAAGGUUGAAUCAAUCAAUGGUCUUACUUUGACUGCUGAUGGAAAGGGGGCAGUUUUUGAUAUAUCUGCUGAGUACUUAGAUGAAUUUCUCGCAGGCCAAAAAUCUGCACAUGGGGUAAAUAUAGAGGUAGUGGAAGCCCUGCCUGCUUUGCAAGAGAGAGAGAAGCCAAGAGGAAGAUUCGGAGGAGGUGGUGGCCGCGGUGGCGGCUUCUCUAACAGAAGAGGCGGAGGUGGCUUUUCUGGAGGAAGAGGCGGAAGAGGUGGUAACUUUGGUGGUCGCAGAUGGUAAGGAAUGCUCACACUAUUUUUUUCGACAGCUGACAAUACAAGAGUUUGUCCAGCUGCUCUCAAAAUUUUGGUAUAGCGAAGAAAAUGUAUCAGACCUUCACUAAGAUUUCUUGCCAUGUAUUAAUUAGUUUAUAUAGGUUUCUCCUCCCUCUCCACCCUUGCUUCAUUCAGCUUUUCGCUAGUUGGCCUUUCUUGUAGGGAAGAGAGUUGUAGUAUUCCGGUUUUAUGAUAUUUUUGGUUGGACAUUAAGUUAUUGGAUGACCAUUUCCAUUUUGCUUGUA